ACUGGCACUGACCGCACCUGGUUCGAAGCCAGGCGCAUGUUAUCUAACACCAUCAUGAAGAAAGGCAGUUGAGGGGAAGAACUGUCAUGGUGAAUGGAUUUCGGUUCUUAUCUGCAUAAGGUAAAUGCAUGUAGGAACAUACUUUGAUAUGAAUACCUUAUUCAGUAUGUGGCUGUUUAGGUUUGUAUACCAUGAAUCCUAGAACUCUAUCAUGGAUAUUUCAGGGAUGGAUACUUUCAGCGAACCAGUAAGUAUUUACUUACUUAUGCCGAGUGUGAUUGUUCUGAUAUCAGGCUAGCUAGGGAAGUACACAUGUAGAUAUGUACCUAGCCACAAACAUUGAAGAUAGAAGGAGAGAUGGCAGCAAAUACAACUUGCACUUGCCUGAUGAAUACAUUGAACGCAUUGAACGCAAUACCCAUGACGUACACACUUCAUUAAGUAUCAAGGUAGGUAGGUACAUAGGUAGGUACUCAAUGUAUUUAUCUCCAACCACAUGCACCUCUCUGCCCUCUCUCAAGUCAACAAGCCAGCCUCGAGGUACUGAAUUUGCGCACAUCUAAUUGAUUCAUUGACCGACUGACACUAGCUUCACCCAACGAGCCCAUCUGCGUCUCUCGAAACCAUAGCAACCACAUACCAACUCAGUGUUUCUUACUCAUCAGCCCGACUGACUGGGUUCAUACCACCAUAUCUUCCCCUCUUGCUGCCAUGAGUGACCCAGAGCAGGCUGUCUCUUUUCUCUACCGUCUGGUCGACAGCUUCACCCAACAAGGGCCUUCAAUAGCUGCCCUUACCUUCAUCAUCCGCCAAUUCAUUGAGAUCAACGGCCUGUUGUGGAAGACAACAGUCGAAGGUUUGGCCAAACUUAUCUGGCUGCAUAUAAGAAUCGACUUCGCCCUAAGUUUGUUAUUUGCCCAAGUCAUCCUCUCGUUCUUCGUUUCCUGCCUAUGUCGCACUGCCAUCAUCAUCUUCCAAUGUAUCGAAAUCGGGAAGCGGUACAUCCCAGGGACAAAGGCACAACAGAGCAGCUCCGACGCUCAACCACCGUGUCCUCCCCUUAAGAUGAAGGCUGCGAGGCUCGACCAACACAUGCGAGACACGCCAGUGCAGACUGCUCCUUUUACACCCGCUCGCAGCUUUCAUCACCCGUCUGCACCCACUUCGACUCGCAAGGUAUCUGCUAGUUUCUCGACAGAUUGCCCUCUGUCGGGUCAUCCCACCAUUGCUUGUUCUUCUGUCACAGCGACGACCAUGAUGAAGUCGCCACACCCACCACCUCACCGUCCGUCGUUCAGCAAUAAGUCAUCUACCAUGUCUUCAACCCAGUCAUAUGGCAAUAUGGAAGCCUUUACGACAAACAGUAGACUCAAGAGCUCACGUACCUAUACCGGUAUUCCAAUGUCGACCGGCCAACAAAAAGUACCCUCAUGCCGUCCAUCUGUAUCAACAGCCUACACCGCCACACCGGCUUUACCCAGCCGCAGAGCAGAGAACAUUCCACCUAGCACUUCAAUGGCAAGCAUCACCACGAAAGAUCAAAGCGCAUAUCGAUAUCCAACUCCGCAUCUAGCCCCCAAACUAGCAUCUCCAACGAAAAAGACGACGAAGUCCCGUCUCAGCAUAUCUAAGUCGCGAACAUUCAACGCAUUAUCCAACCUGACGGCAACCAUAUCCCGGACAUCCUUAGGACAGCUCACAGGCAACGAAUCAAGGGGCACAUCCAUAUCCUCCAAGAAAUCAGGUGGUAAAGACCCACCGCCAUACACGAGUUCACAAUCGACUUCAUCGACUUCAUCCCAAGCGCUCCCAAGCCCAGGCCUCAACGCUCCGGGGCCCGGACAAAUCCACACAGCGCAGAGCUCAGCAUACUGGGCCGGUCGAUUCAUGGCAUUACAAGACCGCUUUCAAUCCGAAACCCUACAAUCCGAGAACCUCACAGCCCUCGCCAACGCGCACGCAGAAAGGUCCAUGAUAGGCUCAAUACAGCCGAACAACCUCUCAUACUCAGCAACAACAAACUGCAUCACGCCCGCCACAUGUCCCAAAACAACAACAUCCCGCGUCCCGCCCCCUAAAUUUCGACGUUCGACAACCACGAACAACAUGAAACAUACCACAGCACUUCCAAUUCCGCCCCGCUCAUCCCAUGAAACGGCCGCAGCACAACUCGCCGCCGAAGACGCCCGAUGCCAGAGGAUCUUCGCAUACCUGGAGUCACUUUGCGUGACGAGCGAGGCGCGCGGGAGUCUGCGGCAUUGGCAGAAGUGCUACGCGGGCCGCAUGGGGAAAGAAUACCUCUUUUCUUCUACGGUGCAGAAGGACAAGCGCACGAGGGAAUUGACGUGGGUUGGGCGUCUGCUCAUGGGUGGCGAUAACCAUGGGAAGAGAGGGAGUUUAGGGCUUUAG